AAAUGAAAAAAGCAAAGUUAUCACAUAUUCGAAGUGUGCAGAUUUGAGAGAUAUUUUAUACAAGUUGAAUUAAAGUUUCACAGAUCUGAAGAGGAGUUUUAAACCGUUACUAUGAUGCUUAGCUCGUGUUUUCCACAUUUAAGUGGUGUAACAAUUAAAUUUAGAAGAGACAUUUAUAAUCCGUUACGUGUGACGAAUCUCAAGCUAACUUCAGCUUUGUGACCGACGGUUUUCCGGACGUCUUUGUUGGUAACACCAGCCGGUGAAAUGCGUCCGGGUCCGUACCGAACGUAUAUCCGCUUUCGGUAACAGAUUUCCCGGCUCACUUCCCUUAUUCGUUCCCCUGAUUUGUUCCCUGGGCGUUCAGCUCUGUGUUCUCCAAACUUGACUGCUGGAAACUGCGUGGAUUGCAGCCAUGCGGGUGUUUCUGUUGUUCGCCGUGACUGUGCUGUCUCUGAGCCCGGCGGCGGUGAGCGGAGCCGAGAAGAAGAAGCUGCAGAUCGGCAUCAAGAAGCGAGUGGACAACUGUCCCAUCAAGUCUCGUAAAGGAGACGUGCUGAACAUGCACUACACGGGCAAGCUGGAGGACGGCACCGAGUUUGACAGCAGCAUUCCCCGCGACAGGCCCUUCACCUUUACCCUGGGGACUGGCCAGGUGAUCAAAGGCUGGGACCAGGGCCUGCUGGGCAUGUGCGAGGGCGAGAAGAGAAAGCUGGUCAUCCCCGCCGAGCUGGGUUACGGAGACCGGGGAGCUCCUCCGAAGAUCCCCGGAGGAGCGACGCUGAUCUUCGAAGUGGAGCUGCUCAGCAUCGAGAGGAGAUCCGAACUUUGAUGAAGAAGAGAUGGCAAGGAAGCCACAUUUCUAAACGUUCCAGGAGCCGGCUGCAGCAUUAAGUGGAGAUAUCUGACCUCUGAUGAAGAUGACAUGGCAAAUAUGGGAGUAGAGUUGGCAAACCCACAGCAGAGCCACCAUCCUCCUUUUACUGGUUUCUAAACUGGCUAUUAUGCUCUGAUUUGUUGAAAUGAUGUUAUAUGAAACAAGAACUGACUGUAUGUCCCUCCUAAAUGUUGGUAGAAUUGACAAUGAGCAGCAGAAUUUGUCCAGAAUUUGGCCAUGGGCUGACAAAUGGUCAUGCCCUGCCGUUUCAUUUCACCUUUGUUUAGUUGUUUUCAUCUUCUGUGAUUGAGAAGUUCAUUCAUGUCUUUACAUUCUUUUCACACACACACAAAAAUAAGUUGUUAAGUCAGAAGUCAGGCUGGGAACAGAUAAGGAUAAAUGUUUUUGUUUACUUUGAAUAUUUCAAUUAUGAUAAUAAAAUGUUGACCUUAC